UUUCAAGAAGAAGACAUGGAAUGCGACUCCCGGCCUAGUGAAAACGAACCUCUGCGGCAUUCACCUGAAUCUGAAGAACUUACCACCGUUGAGCAGGUUCGAUCUUCGUUGGCCACACAUGAAGCCUUUGGGUCAAGUACACCUGAAAAAAAUACUGUGCUUACGGAGGAAUGUGGCAUGGUUUCUGCCGAAUCAGACGAAAACGACCAGCUGGCGUGUGACAAAAAAGAAGAAGAAAGUGUGUCGUCUGAUUCAUUCCUGCUAUUGCAUUUCAAGCAGAAUCCCUUGAAAAUUGCAUCUGAUCAGCUGACGGAAUCCGUGGAAGAGUUGAAAAAGGAAAAUACGGUUUUGAAAGCUCGUCUUGCUGAAUUUGAACGAAUGCGUCAGGAAAUUCGCGAAUCAGAAACUGAUCCAUCGACUGUUUCUCGCAGAAACGCUCACCGUAUGGACGCCGAUAUCACCGCCCGAGUGGGACUGAAUCUAGAAAUGCGGUGUUUCGAGGCGGAAAAUAAAAGAGACUUUUUAGAACUUGCUGAGGAAGUUCAGCGCUUUCGCUCUCAAUUUGCUAAAGUGAACGAAAUCAACGCGAAAGUCGCCAAGGCCUAUCGAGAGGUUUGUGCAUUGCUGACCGGUUAUCAGUGCAAAAUGAAGAACGAAACGAUUUUCACAGUACAGAGUAUUUUCGAGAAUGCGGAAAAAGAGUUCGUUUUUCGGAAAGCACAGGACAAUAGGUUAGAACUGAUCGAAAAUGACUACACGAAGGAAUGGAUGGAUUUUAUUGAGGCAUAUCUCUAUCAGAACAAUUCCAUUCCAGCGUUCCUGGCCGCUGUCAAUCUGCACCUGUUCAAGAGGAAUUUGGAAAUUAAACAUGUUCAUUGA